CGUGACCUAAAAUUGUCAUAACAAACUAAUUCUUAGUGAUCAUGUGUUGAUCAUGCAGUGGGCGCCGGGAACCCAUGGUGUAUUUUUGCGCGUGUUGUCUUCAACGUGCUCUCGACUGGCGGCAUAUUCGUGCAGAUGACGGUCCUCAAACACCUAUUGAAUAAAAUUUACCCGUUUUCGUCUCGCCAUGAGACGAGCGACGUCGAUGAAGAGGAAUUCAAGCUUCCGAACAUGGCGUCCCUGGUCAUCAUGAUUGCAAUGAAUUUUCUUCUUCAGGUAUCUUUUUUCAUCGUCGUUUCAUCGUCAAACAAGUAUGCAGAGUACUUGGGAGGAAGUGCCACUUUUUCUGGUAUUAUCAUCGGCAUUCCAACAGCUUUCGCUGGACUUGCUUUGAUUCCUUUGACACGGUACGACAAAGGGAUGUACAAAAUGCCCCUUCAUGUCAGUUGCUGCUUUGCCAUUCUAGGUCACAUCGCCUACGCUCUUGCUUACCGGGCCAACUUCUUAUAUCUGAUCCUGAUUGGCCGCUGCCUCAACGGUGUCGCGUUCUCCGUGUUCAUGUACUGCAAACGGUACUGCACGGAUCCUCGAAUUGUUGGAAUCAGACGAAGGACGACACUUGCUAGCUGGUUGGUCAUUUGUCAAGGUCUGGGCAUGAGCCUUGGCCCAUUCCUUGGUGGCGUGUUGUACAAUAUCGGUUUCUCAAAUUCAAUUUUCAACGGUUAUACAAGCCCAGGAUGGGUCAUGGCUGGCGUUUACGCUGGCUUCUGGGUCUUGGUAACGAAAUAUUUUGAGGACAUCCCUCAACCACAAACCAUGAUUGAGUUGCAGUCAGCAACCAAUUCAAAUGCUCCCUCCGUCUUGGCCGCAGAAGCGAAUGGUCGAGAGACGGAGUCUUCUCCUAACUAUUCAUCAGCACCUGCCACACGCCCUGCCUCACCCACUGACGUAUCAUUCAGAGCACAGCUCUCGCUGAUCACACGGUCCCAAUGGGGUGUCAUUGCAUGCAUGUGUUGGUUCUCAAUGCUCUGCUUUUUCAUCCUGGGCUCUUGGGAAGCGAACUUGCCUGUAUUUGGUGCUGCUGCUGGAAACCUUAACUGGUCUCCCUUUGCCGCAGGAAAUUUCAUCGCUCUAGGUGGAAUAACAUGUUUCCCUUUCCUCCUCGCGAACCUCCUAGCUGCGCGUCGCACACAAGAUCGCAAACUCCUAGCUUUCGGUACGAUGAUUGGCCUUGCAGGCCUUCUCAUCUUUCUUUCCAUCCUUCGCACUGGCAAAGUCAAUUACGGCUCACUAUUCGCAUGUUGGUGGGCCGUGGCGCUCGGGUUUAACCUUGCGACUACGGUGACCCUUAGUCUACUCAGCAAGCAGCUCCCACCUGAGUGGAACGGACGCACGUCAAUGGCAAUUCAAUACAGUAAUUAUACUGGUCGUGUGACGGGCGCAAUCUGGGGUGGUUCGGGUGUUUCAGUUGGAAUGUUGAACUAUGUGGGAUUGGAGAUUGCUAUGGUUGGUAUUGGAGCUGUUCUGUUUACAACUUUGUGGAGGGAUCUAAAGACGAAGACGGGAUGACCUGCUCAGGGGAAGAGAAUUUUUCUGCUAUCUUGCACUCGGGCUCUAUAGAGGCUUUUCCAGUUUAUUGUCAUCACAACUUGUUAGCAUGUAUCAGUUAACUUAGAAGUAACAGAAUUUACGGGGUCCAAAUGA